AUGGGAUUGGUUGAAUCAAAAAUUAACGGAUUUACAUCCACAUCAUCCUCAGCGGAAUAUAACUCACCUGCAAAGACUGAAUGUGAAGAACAAUUUCUCAAACACGACAGAAAUUGUGGCAUGGAUUUAGUCAACAAUAAUUACGUUGAUUUGCAUAAAGACAAAAUUCCCAGCGCAACAGUGAAAAAGCAAACAAUUUUGUGGAAAAAUAUCAGCACUACUAAUAAACCUUGCACAACAUACUACCUAAUUGAUGAUUCCCUUGAAUGUGCUAAAGAACCACCACCCCUUAUGAGCAAUUCAAAAGAUUCAGAUAGCAGUAUCUACAGUUGUAAAAGCAGAAAACAAGUCAGAGUUAAUAAACCUGGGAAGGAAUGUCUCGUCUUUAAACACUUACCUCUCAAAAAUGAUGACAGUUGUGAUUUGGCCAAUCAUGAGUGGAAGAUAAUAGCAACGAGAUUAUCUAAAGCUCCUCAAUCUCCAGAAACGCUUCCGGGAAACAAAAUGGAACCAAAGUUGUUGGAAGAAUGGUCAGACACACUUCAAAUAAAUUCUCAUGAAAGCCUAUUAAGUGAAAAGUGCAAAUCUUAUCAGAAUGCACUAACAUCAGAGAAAACGAGCCUUCUGCAGAAGGAUAUGAUUGAAUUUUAA